GAACAAGCUGUUCUGCUUCUACUUCUUCUUUGUGAAUUUGGUUCAGAUUUCGGCCAAAUAUGACGCUUUUUCACUUCGGAAACUGUCUUGCUUUAGCUUAUUUCCCUUAUUUGAUAGUAUACAAGUGUUCUGGCAUGUCAGAAUAUAGUGCUUUUUGGCAAUGUGUGAAAGCAGGAGGCGCUUAUUUAGUAACACAGCUCUGUAAGAUGUUGGUCUUAGCUACUUUUUUUCCUACUUCAGAAGUACCACCGGAUAGUAUGGACUACAUAGGGGAAUUUCUCCGUUCAACAGUAGAUUUAGCAGACCUUGUUGGGCUGUAUUUAGUUAUGUCAAAAGUUGCAGGGAAGGGAGACUUGAAGGUUCUUGUUGCUGGACUAGGCUGGGCAACUGCUGAGCUGUCCAUGACUAGACUACUACCAUUGUGGGUUGGUGCUAGAGGAAUGGAAUUUGAUUGGAAAUACAUGCAGAUGAGUUUUGAUGCAAACAUCAGUCUGGCUCAUCAUAUUGCUACAGCAACAUUGGUAUGGUUGUGGGGCAGAACUGACCUACACAAGACAUUCCUGCCUGUCGUCAUGGUUUUUCUUACUUUAGGAUGCUACAAACCACUUAUCAUUGAAGUACUCAGCCACACAUUUGGGGUACAGUCAUGGGCUCUGCUUGUUCUUAAGGCAUCUUUCACCUCCUGCAUAGGAUUUGUUGCUCUUCAACUCUACCUCGCUUUGACUACAGAUCAAAAACAGCAUCGGCCAUAAUCACUGACUAAUGAUAUCAACAUCUUGGCAACAAAUGAAGGAGUUGCACCAUCACAAAUAAAUGCCUUGAGUGCUUACAGCACUUCUUAAGUGCUUUAUUGCUGAUGGAGCACAGAAAAAGCUGUUUUAUUCGUUUUAUUAUACAGUGUUGUUAAUUUUAUUUUGGUAUUGAAUUUAUUUACGCAAAAAGAAAGACAGUUGCAGGAUCUAGCUGCAUUUUGUACGUGCAGAUGGCGUCAGCACUGUGCUCUGUUCACUAAUAAAGCACAGUUUUUGACCAAUCAGUGUGCGCGUACUAUCCUAACUAUAUAAUGAAUGCCUUGACAGAAGGCAGGUACAACUAGCCUUUACCAAAAUGAGCAAAGGACUGGGUCUAACUUAAGUUUUCAAMAAAAAAAAAAAAAAAAAAUUAGCCUCAUCAUAAGAAAGAACAACAUACAAUAAGCUUGUUGAAAAUUUUUCAGGAUGUUUGGCUUCAUGAAAACGAUGUUAUGAGCAUUCAAACCCUGCAAAAAUUACAAACAAAUGCAUGGUGUCUUUCACAACCAUACAGCCACACAUACAUUCUGUAUUAUUACAAUUAAUGAACAUUUUAGAAUAUCAUAAUUUUGUUACAAUUGCCCUAACUAUAUUAAAUUUUCCAUUCUUACUCGAUUAUAAUGUGGUCUUUCUUGUCGUGGGGUUUUGAGACACUUGGUUUUAAUAUGCUUUUUAUUAUUAUUUAGGGCUACUUGUUUCUAAGCUGAUUUACACGAGAAAGAAUUCAGUUUCUUAGGGUUAUUGUAGUGCCUCCUGUCAUGGCUGCCAUUGCAUGCUGCCAUCGCAUUUUCUGCUAGCAGAGUCUCCUUUCUCUCCCUUCUUUUAAGCAGGGAGGAGGGAGACUGCCUAUGUAGAGUGUUUUCUUUCAUAGUCAAAGAAACCAGUUUAAAAACCGGUUUUUAAUCGGGUAUAUGUAUUGCACAUGAGCAAAUGUAACACACCAAACAUUUGAUGAGAGCGGCUGUCAAAAUUAUGAAAGCUGCUUUCAAAAUCAUGACAGCGUUGCUAAGUUACGCCACAUAGGCACGGCAGGUAUAAGGUCCUCAACAGGCAGAGUCUAUAGGCUCUGCUAGUAGGGAAAACGAAGUACAAUAUGGUGGAUGGAAAAACAAAAGAAUGACAUAUGACAUUUUUCAAUUUUGAUGACAUUGACAGCUUUGAGAGUUCUGAAUUUUGGCUAUGUUCUGCUGUCAAUUACAUGUGCACUCUAACUGGGAUCAUGUUUCGACAGUUGUCACUUCAGGGCUUAAAGCAUCGACCUAACUAGUUUCAACUCACUCAUACCUUGUUUCUGGCGCAAUGUAUAUGACCUGCAAAGCAAAAAUUUGAACGGAGAAGUUCCAAUUCUGGCUGAACAUUGUCCAAUGACCACCUAUUGUUUUAGGCCCUGGUUGUCGAUAACAUCUACUUUCUCCAUUAUAAUUAAAAUCAGAGCACAAUCCCACUGAUCUGAGGAAUUUUUUUUAGCCAAUCAGAAUAGAGAAUAUUUGCAAAACUGAGAUGUCACUUUUCCUAUUGAAAUCACAAAUUUCCACCAAAUGAAGAAAAAAAACUGUUGCCAAUGAGUGUUUGAUAACAGUGACAAGAUAAACAAAUCGUGAGGUAUAUAUUUUUAUCAUAAAGGCGGACAUUUCCCUGGUCAAUUUUCACAGGCUUCGUGACACCUCAAUUUUUCGGCGACGUCAUUUCUACAUCACUAUUUCAGAUCAGCUGGUAUAGAGAUCCCCAAGUUCAGUGUGGUAGUAAGUAAUGUAGCAAUCCUGUGAAGGGGUAGGUGAUCUAUUUAAACAGGACAUGACCUGGAAUAUAAGGACUUGGCUGUAAACAUUUGUGGUGUACAUUUUCAGCUGACAUGAUGAUUUUGACUUGGUAUUCUCCAAGAAGUUUAAGGAGAGCUUGGAAAAUCUGAACACAUUUUUGAUAAACUA